ACUCAAAAGAAGAAGAACAGCAAGCCAUGGCCAUUAAUGAAUUCAAGCACCUCCGGAUCCCUCUCUUCAUCCUCCUCUCCAUCAUCACUAUUUCCCGUUCUGCCGAUCCAGACUGUGUUUACACUCUUUAUAUAAGAACAGGGUCGGUUUUUAGAGCCGGGACGGAUUCAAGCAUAUCCCUGACUCUUUACGAUGCAAACGGGUACGGCAUGCAGAUCGAUAACCUGGUAACAUGGGGCGGGCUAAUGGGUCCGGAUUACGACUAUUUCGAGAGAAGAAACUUGGAUAUCUUCAGUGGAAGAGGCCGGUGCUUGGUCGGUCCGGUUUGCUCAAUGAAUUUGACAUCUGACGGGUCGGGUUUCAAUCCUGGAUGGUACGUUAACUAUGUGGAAGUCACCACCACUGGUGUCCACACAGCUUGUUUUCAGGAGCAGUUCACAGUGGAGCAGUGGCUGGCUACUGAUGUUCUGCCGUUUCAGCUCACUGCUCUUGUUAACUACUGUUAUGGUGAGAAUCAUGCGGUGGCUGGUAAGGAGUCAAAGGGUUCUUCUUCUGUUGUUGCAGAGAUUUGAGGGCCUCUUUCUGCUUGGUGUGUUGUUUGUUCUUCUUUUUUUUGGCUCCACGGGAGUACGUGUGUAUGUGUAUGGCAAAUAAAGUUUGAUGGAAUAACUUUUUAUCUUGCACAAUUAUUAUGGAGAUGGGUGAUUUGGCUGAAUGUCAACAUACAUAAGUUGGCUCAACGGCUAAGAAUGGACUAUUCUCGUGUAUUUGAAUUUUGCUAUCAAUGUAGAAUUGUGUUAAUAAAUGAUUUAUAAUAAUUUA